UGGAGGUUUCAAGCUUUUGACGACUCGGUCCGAUCGAUCUUCUGCAACCUCCUGGCCGCCGGUGUAUAUGACAGUAUAAGCUACGGAGAGAGUGGCGUGCGUGAGCGAUCGAGCUGAUCGAGGAGAGGCAAAUCGGCAAUAAUGGCGGCCGCGGUGGUCGGCGGCGGGAUGAGGAGGAAGCUGCAGGAGAGAGUGCCGCUCCGGCGCACGGCGCUGCUGGCGGACUUCGUCGUCCUCUUCCUCUUCGUCGCGCUCCUGGCCCGCCGCGUCGCCGGGCUCGACGGCGGCGGCGCGGCGUGGCGGGUGGCGCUCGCCUGCGAGGCGUGGUUCGCGUUCGUGUGGCUGCUCAACAUGAACGCCAAGUGGAACCCCGUCCGGUUCGACACGUACCCGGAGAACCUCGCCGAAAGGAUCGACGAGCUGCUGGCGGUGGACAUGUUCGUAACGACGGCGGACCCGGUGCUGGAGCCGCCGAUGGUCACGGUCAACACGGUGCUCUCGCUGCUCGCCGUCGACUACCCGGCCGCCGACGAGAAGCUGGCGUGCUACGUCCACGACGACGCGUGCUCGCCGCUGACGUGCUACGCGCUGAGGGAGGCCGCCAGCUUCGCCAGGCUGUGGGUACCCUUCUGCCGGCGGCACGGCGUCGCCGUCAGGGCCCCCUUCCGGUACUUCUCCUCCACGCCGGAGCUCGGCACGGCCGGUGGCAACGAGUUCCUGGACGAUUGGGCAUUCAUCAAGCGUGAGUACGAGAAGUUAGUCCGCCGCGUCGAGGACGCCGACGAGAGCACCCUUCUCCGGCAAGGCGACGGCGAGUUCUUCGCCGAGUUCAUGGACGUCGAGAGGACGAACCACCCUGCCAUCGUCAAGAUUCUAUGGGAUAACAGCAAGAGCAGGGCAGGAGAAAGGUUCCCUCAUCUCAUAUACGUCUCAAGGGAGAAGAGCCCUAGCCACCACCAUUACUACAAGGCCGGCGCCAUGAACGUCCUCGCUAGGGUGUCAGCUGUGAUGACCAAUGCGCCCAUCACGCUAAAUGUGGACUGCGACAUGUUUGCAAACAAUCCCCAGGUUGUCCUGCAUGCCAUGUGUGUGCUGCUAGGGUUCGACGACGAGAUCUACAGUGGGUUUGUUCAGGCACCGCGGAAACUCUAUGGCACCCUCAAGGAUGAUCCUUUUGGAACCCAACAGGAGGUCAUUUACAAGACACUUGGAAGUGGGAUGGCAGGGAUUUGGUGCACUUUUUAUAAUGGAUCGGGAUGUUUUCACCGUAGGAAAGCCAUUUACGGCGCGACACCGAACUCCAGUAUUGGGGCAAGGAGAGAAGGCACCACAGAUUCACUGCCUCCAAAGGAGUUUGAAAACAAGUUUGGAAGUUCAGAGGAGUUGAAAGAAUCGAUUACCAGCAUCCUUUCUGGGAACCUGCCCGUUGAGCCGAUAGUAGAUAUAUCAUGUCGAGUUGAGGCUGCAAAGGAGGUUGCUACCUGCAAGUAUGAGAGUGGCACACGUUGGGGUCGGGAGGUUGGUUGGGUGUAUGGAUCAAUGACAGAGGACAUACUGACCGGGCAACGGAUCCACGCGGCGGGUUGGCGAUCCGUACUGUUGGAAACCGAGCCACCGGCAUUCAUGUGUGCUGCACCGAUCGGAGGGCCAGCCUGCCUAACCCAGUUCAAGAGAUGGGCGACGGGUUUGUUUGAGAUCAUCAUCAGCCGGAAUAACCCAAUCCUCAUGACAGUAUUCAGGCGCCUUCGGUUACGGCAGUGCCUUUCUUACUUGAGCAUUUACGCGUGGCCUGUAAGGGGAUUUAUUGAGCUAUGCUAUGCACUGCUGCCACCUUACUGCAUACUUACGAAUCAAUCCUUCUUGCCAAAGGCACCACAGGAUGUUUUCGGCAUCCCAUUAGCAUUAUUCUUGACCUACAACACAUACAGCUACAUGGAGUACAAGAAAUGCGGGCUCUCUGUGCAUGCCUGGUGGAAUAACCACAAAAUGCAACGCAUCACCUCUGCCUCCGCCUGGCUACUAGGGUUUCUCACGGUGCUCCUCAAGACGGUUGGCCUCUCCGAGGCCGUGUUCGAGGUCACCCCCAAGGAGAAGAUCACAUCCGAUGGCAAUGGCGGCGGCAACGACGAUGAUGACGAUGACAAGGUUGAUCUUGAUCUAGGGAGAUUCACCUUUGACGCAUCACCGGUGUUCAUCCCGGUGACAGCACUGGCGAUGCUAAACAUCCUUGCAGUCGCUGCUGGAGCAUGGAGGGCAUGUUUUGGGACAGCACAGGAUGACCUCCCUGGUGUUAGUGAAUUCAUGGCUUGUGGGUGGAUGCUACUGUGCUUCUUGCCGUUUGUGAGGGGGCUAGUGGGCAAGGGAAGGUAUGGGAUCCCCUGGAGUGUCAAGCUGAAGGCUAGCUUACUGGUUGCUAUGUUUGUGCUCUUGUGCAGAGGAAAAUAAUUUCAGCAUCCAAACCAUCCUCUUGGCUCAUUGGUACCAUGGAACAUUUGAUAUGUAUGGGAUCAACCGUAGACCCACGUUAGGGGGUAAUUGUUUGGCUUAGUCACGGAAAAAAGCCAAACGAGAUAUUUGUAAAUAAAAAAUUCAUAAACAUGUACUUAACGAUUUGAAAGGUAAGGCUAGAAAAUAAACUACGAUGAAAA